ACCAACUGGACUUCUGUGGAUACUCCUUCGACGACGACUUCUCGCGAACCGAACCGAAUUCCCACCUCUUCCAACAUCGAUAUCUGAAGACAUCACUCACGGCGCUUUUUGUGACUGGACUGGCUUAUGCUUUCGUUAUUGGGGCCUUGUCGCCUCGUAUCUCUGUUGGAGCUUUCUCAAAUCCUUUCCAAGGCAACCGCGAACUCCCAUUAAUGGCAAUAACGCCCUCCUACUGCAUCGUUUUCACAGGAUGGUGGAGAGUUGGGCCCAGCUGCAAAGACAUCGCGCCGGUCGACUAAAGACACGCGACUCGGUCGAGACCGUUCAAAAGGCAUGGGCGCAAGCGCACGAGAUCAAGGCUGAUGAGCGGGCGGAUUGGGCACGAUACAAUGACACAUACGAUGAGGUGGUCGAUGUACUAAGGAGACGAUACAAGGAUCCGCAUACAGACGAGUGGUUCGCCGGAAACGCUGGUUUCCAGGAGGACCUUGACAGCCUCUUCACCAAGCUCAAGGCGCGCGAAGCAGAUCUAGCAGAGAUCGAGACACGAAUCACCGAUGAGAAGGAGAAAUGGUAUCGCCGCGCCCUGCGCGCUUCGUUACUCUGGGGUUUGGCAGAGAGAUCGAUAGGCAGGUCGGCCCUCACCGCCAUUCUGGAUGAUAGCGAGAAACCAUGGGACGACGUUUCGCAAGCUGUACGGGGCGCACUCCCCACGGUUGACGAAGCUGCGCCGACGGCAGACGAUGUGCUUGCUAAGCUUGAGGGGUUAGGCCGGGAGGAGGACCGGGAGCAGCGGGGCGAGGUGCUCGCGGAGCUCUUCCUGCGCGACGCCACUAAAAGCAACGUCGACGGUGACGACCAUAACCAUGGAAUACCAGCAUCAUGCAUCCCGGCCGCCGAGGCAUUGCGACAUGGCGCGGCGCUGGAUAACGUGAUGGCGGAUCUCGAGGCGAAGCGAUCGGAGGCGGCAGGGAGGAAAUCGGUGGCGGAGAAGCACCGACGGAAGCUCGCGGAGCUGCGGCGGGCGCAGGCAGCGCAUUUGCAGGCUAAGAGCCUCAAGGCGCAGAAGCGGGAGCGCAAGCAGAAGGCGCCGCAGGUGGAGGAUGCGGUGUACGAGAGCGUGCCGGAGGGGGUCUCGCUGGAAGAUGUGCGGGCGUGCGCUCUGUGUCAGGUGUUUGCGGGCCUUGGGGUCGGUAAGGGGCGGAAAGUGUACGAGUCGGGGGCGGAUUGCGAGACACAGCAUGAGGAACACGUUCGCAUGGACCACAGCUGUGCGGCGGGGCGAGAGUGCGUACAGUUGUCGGAUGAAGACGUGGACAUGAUGGGCAGCGAGAACAGCGGAGUGGUGAUAUGUCGAGAGUGCGCCGAGGACCUAGACCGGGCGACGACAUAUUGCUCAGGGCGGUGCGCUCGCAGGGACUUCCAGAGGCAUCGAGAGGAUGUGCAUGUUCCAGGGCGGAGGAAGCUGAGCAAGAGAGAAGUCGAGGUGGACACUAAAGACCUUGUGUUCGAAGACGAGGAGAAGACCAGGUACCACGUGGAGGACGUGAGCAAGUAUGUGUGGAAGCUGGAUGCGGCAUUGGAGCGGUUUUUUACGAGCAGGAACCCAAAUGCGCAAAUUUUGUCUACGGCAUGAUGAUUGUAUGAUAAGACAGACACAGGGGGUUCUUACAUGUAAGGUACCUUACCUUUACCUUAUAUUCAGCCAUACGGUAUGUACCUGGGUGUAAGCUUGCUUUACGAAGGGAGACGGAUAUCUCGGCGGAUACCUAUGCUAAAUACGUGGUCUAAUGAGCCUUUGCACUUCUUUCC